AUGUCCGACGAUAGCUCAGUAGAGCGUCGCCAAGAGGAGGCUCGUAUGAAGGAGCUUCUGAAUUUAGCCAUGGAAGAAGACGAUUCGAACGACAACGAUGAUGUUGAAGCGAUGCCGGAUAUUGCAAAUGACAAAUCGGACUCUAAACUUUCUGCAGUCUCUCCUGGAGGCCCAAAGCCAAAGAAACCGAAGAAACCAUCCACAAGACGUAAGCUUCACAAGAAAUUGACCGAAUCCAUCAGCUCGUCUCGAGAUUCGAAAUUGACUGAAGAAGAUGCCGCCAAGCUCUUUGGAUCCAAGCAACGUACCAGCUACAUGGCAGGAGCAACCGACCUCAGCGAUGGCUCCUUUCGAUCAGAUCAGGAUAUAAAGCGAUCCCAGCGGCGAGUUUCCCAGUACGAUCUGACCAUGACAGUUUUUGUCAUAUUUUCGUUUGGGGGGGCACUUGGAUUGCUCGUUCUCUUGAUUACGCCAACAUCUACACAAAAAGCGGUGCAGAUCCCAGCAAAAGCAAAUGGGGCCCUGGCGAUCGGGAGUACUUCUUCUGAUUGUGACGAUAUUAUUGCCACCCUCGACGCCAGUCAAUUUGUCAAUAGUACCGCCUUGGGUGAUGAGGAUUCCCCUCAACACCAGGCCAUGCACUGGAUCUGUGAGCAUGAUCCCGCCAAGUUGGAGGUUGAUGAUCCGGCAUUUCUGACUCGAUAUGCUCUAGCCGUCUUGUUUUAUGGAACUUCUGGUAGAUCACCUGAAGAGACAAGUGCCGAGGAAACAGAUUGGAUCGAUCACGAAAAUUGGUUAACUGGAGCCGGGUACUGUUCUUGGUUUGGCAUUACAUGUGUUGACGAAGAAGACAAUUUGGAGCUGGAUUCUAAUGGCGAGAUUCUGCAGAUUGAAUUGUCUCAGAACUUCUUGUCUGGAAGUUUGCCCCCUGAACUGUCUGCAAUCUCGGAUGCCUUUGGGUUUCAUUUUGAUUCCAACUUUCUAUAUGGCAGCAUCCCCACUCAUUUCGGCCUAUUGACCAACCUUCGCGAGUUGUGGCUAUCUGACAACAAGUUGAACGGACUCAUUCCUAUUGAACUUGGAAACAUGGUGGAGCUUCGAGAGCUAGCAGUUGCUGCCAACGAAUUGACAGGCGAAAUACCGGAAACCUUAUCCCAAGCGACUCACAUGCAUUCCUUUGCCUUGGAAGACAAUCAUUUGAAAGGAACUAUCCCUGCUGUGAUAUUUAGGUCGUUGACUGCUUUGGAGUCAUUCCAUGCCAGCAACAACGAACUUACAGGAAGCAUUCCAGAAGAGCUUUACGGCAUGAUUACACUCUCAACAGUCCGAUUGUCCGAAAAUGAGCUUUCUGGUUCCAUUUCGGAAAACCUUGGGCAAAUGAUUAAUCUCGAGAGCUUGCAUCUGACUGGCAAUCACUUCACCGGAGAAAUUCCCGAUGUGUUCUCCAAUUUGGAUGUAUUGAUCGAGUGUAAACUAGGCCAGAAUGAAUUAACUGGGGGUGUUCCUGUUUCCUUGGGCGAGAGCCUGGCAUUAGUGGAGUUGGCCUUUGAGGGCAAUACCUUGACGGGCGACGUCCCGGAUGAAAUCUGUGCCUUGUCCGAACUUGGAAGUCUAGAAGCCUUGACGGCUGACUGCUACACCGAGGUGGAAAGUAGCAAAGGAACAAUUGACCUGUCGAACAUUGAAGGCGCACAACUAAUCGAAGCGGGGGAACUCGGGGGUCUGAUCAACGAAGAGGAAGAUGUAGUUGAACUUGAUGGUGUGUUCUGCGAUUGCUGUACCGAAUGCUUCUAA